CAUAGGAUGGUUAGGGCUGGAAGGGAUGCUGAAGACCAUCCUUCACCUAUCUUCUCUCUCCGCCCAGGCUAGCUAACAGGACCGGGGGACCAUGAACUGGGAUCUGUUCGAAGGGCUCCUCAGUGGGGUCAACAAAUACUCCACAGCCUUCGGCCGCAUCUGGCUCUCCCUCGUCUUCAUCUUCCGCCUGCUGGUCUAUGUGGUGGCAGCCGAGCGGGUCUGGAGCGACGACCACAAGGACUUUGACUGCAACACGCGGCAGCCGGGCUGCACCAACGUCUGCUUCGACCACUUCUUCCCUGUGUCCCACAUCCGCCUGUGGGCCCUGCAGCUCAUCCUGGUGACCUGUCCAUCCCUGCUCGUCAUCAUGCACGUGGCGUACCGGGAGGCCAAGGAGCAGAGGCACCGCGCUGCCGGUGGGGACGAUGGCCGCUGCCUCUACCCCAACCCCGGCAAGAAGCACGGUGGGCUGUGGUGGACGUACAUGCUCAGCCUGGUCUUCAAGGCCGGCGUGGACGUGGUCUUCCUCUACAUCUUCUACCACUUGUACAGGAACUACACCCUGCCCCGGCUGGUGAAGUGCGAGCUGGCCCCCUGCCCCAACAUGGUGGACUGCUUCAUCUCCCGGCCCACCGAGAAGAACAUCUUCACCCUCUUCAUGGUGGUCACCACCUGCAUCUGUAUCUUGCUGAGCCUCAUCGAGGCCACCUACCUCAUUGGCAAGCGGUGCCGCGAGUGCGUCCUGGCCGGCAGCGGGGACAGCCAGGCCUGCUCACCGUCCAGCGCCGAGCCCGCGGGCAUGGAGGGGCAGGUUUUCCAUGGGGUGGACUACAAACCCCCCACUGCCUCCAUCCCCCCCACGGCCUCCAGCCCUGAGCAACCGCCCGAGGAGGAGACUCUUCCCUAGAGCAUCCCUUGGGCAGCUCUAUGAGCCGUGCGCCUUCAUCCCCCUUCUCUUCCUCUUCCUCCUCCUCCGUCCCACUGGUGCAGGAGCACUGGGGUGGCAGCACCUCGGGUUCAGGCUGUGCCCAAGGGCUCUCUGUCUCUUCCGUCCUGGGCAGGGCACGUUGUGUUGUUCUGCUGAACUUGGGGUACAGCCAGGUCCUGUAGGACACGUGCAGUCCCCAGGAGCCCACAGGGACAAGCAGCUCUGUGACUGGCAGCAGUACCCCGAGGUUGAGCUGGUCCUGGGGAUGUCCUUGCAAUGAAUAGAAAUUCCUAUCCCUCAGAAGUGAUGGCCA